AUGCCCCGAGUCGUGCCUCCGAUUGAGGGCCGGGCAUCGGACGUCGAUAUUUCCCCUUCCUUGGUCGAGAGCAUCGCGGGGUUUACGGCGGGCGUCGUCGCUACUUUGGCGGUGCAUCCAUUUGAUGUGCUGAAGACGCGACUGCAGCUUAACCAAGCCACGCGGCUGGAGUUUGGCAGCUCAUGGCGGAUAUUGCGGAGUAUUGUUCAAAAUGAAGGGAAUUACCGGGGACUGUAUCGCGGCCUGAUGCCGAAUAUGAUCGGUAAUUCCACCAGCUGGGGAUUAUAUUUCUUCUGGUACGUCUCGACAUCCGACCUCAAAGAUGCCUUCCGAAAAUACAGAGGCGGCGAUCGCAAACUCUCCUCGGCGGAGUAUUUUGCUGCGUCCGGUACAUCAGGUGUCCUAACCGCCAUCUGCACCAACCCUAUCUGGGUGAUCAAAACCCGCAUGCUCUCCUCGGGCCGCGACGCCCCUGGUGCCUACCGCGGCGUCCUCCACGGCACCGUCCAGAUCAUGCGCAACGAAGGCAUCCUCGGCUUCUACCGCGGCCUGAUCCCCUCUCUCUUCGGCGUGUCCCACGGUGCCAUCCAAUUCGUCGCGUACGAGCAGCUGAAGAACCAUCGCCGUGCACAGAAGCCUGGCGCGCAUCUCAGUAACUGGGACUUCUUGACGCUGAGCGCCUUGUCGAAGAUGCUAGCGGGGAGCGUCACGUAUCCGUAUCAGGUGGUGCGCUCGAGGCUGCAGACGUAUGAGGCGACGCAACACUAUCGGUCUGCAUCGGAUCUUGUUUUUCAGAUUUGGAGAAAGGAGGGGGUGAGGGGGUUCUACAAAGGGUUAGCACCCAACAUCAUCCGCGUUCUUCCUUCGACGUGUGUGACUUUCCUGGUGUAUGAGAACACAAAGUUCUACCUUCCCCAGUUCUACGCGGCGAAUUUCUAGACUGGUGCAGAAAUACAAUUGUAAUGCGAGAUACCCCAGGAGGCGUGAACAUGUUUAUAGAUUUGAACGCAAGGUUAAAUGCGACUACAAAGAGUACUCAAUCAAUGUAUUGAGCACACUGGGUAUUAGACAUAUUCUUAGACACAAGCCACUAAUGUGAUUCAAAUCCAAAACGCCGUACCAUAUCCCAAUAUAUUCC